UUGUCAGUGAACAAAAUGGCAACCUACUGUCUGACUGUCGCCAGGCUUCAGCUGGCCCUGGGCCAUGGUGCACGGCGCCUGCAUGUAUCAGCAGCUUACAGAGCAAAGGCCAAAGUGUCCAUGAGCCGGUUUGAACACUCUUUCAUCAACUACGAGAAGCUCCAAUCCAACGUUGACAUUGUGCGAAAAAGGCUCAAUCGGCCACUCACGCUGUCAGAGAAGAUCGUUUAUGGCCACCUCGAUGACCCCCACAACCAGGAUAUCGACCGCGGUCGCACCUACCUUCGGCUGCACCCUGACCGCGUGGCCAUGCAGGACGCCACCGCCCAGAUGGCCAUGCUCCAGUUCAUCAGCAGCGGCCUGCCGAAAGUGGCCGUUCCCUCCACCAUCCACUGUGAUCACCUGAUCGAGGCCCAGACUGGAGGAGUGAAGGAUCUGGCCAGGGCAAAGGAAGUCAACCAAGAGGUUUACAACUUCCUGUCCAGCGCUGGGGCAAAAUAUGGAGUCGGCUUCUGGAAACCAGGCUCUGGGAUUAUCCAUCAGAUCAUCCUAGAGAACUAUGCCUACCCAGGGGUGAUGCUAAUUGGCACAGAUUCCCACACACCAAACGGUGGUGGGCUUGGUGCCAUCUGCAUCGGAGUUGGAGGAGCUGAUGCUGUAGAUGUCAUGGCAGGAAUUCCAUGGGAGCUCAAGUGUCCCAAGGUGAUUGGAGUGAAGCUGACAGGCACCCUCUCUGGCUGGACGUCUCCUAAAGAUGUCAUCUUGAAGGUGGCCGGCAUCCUGACAGUGAAGGGAGGAACCGGAGCCAUUGUGGAAUACCAUGGACCAGGAGUCGACUCCAUUUCCUGCACUGGAAUGGCCACCAUUUGCAACAUGGGAGCAGAAAUUGGAGCCACGACCUCAGUUUUCCCCUACAACCACCGUAUGAGGACUUACCUGGAGAAGACUGGACGUGGACAGAUCGCUGCCCUGGCUGAUGAAUACUCAGACCUGUUGGUACCGGACGAAGGCUGCGAGUACGAUCAGAUCAUCGAACUCAAUCUGGACGAGCUGAAGCCACACAUCAACGGACCGUUCACCCCUGACCUGGCUCACCCAGUGUCUGAAGUAGGUGCUGUUGCAGAGAAGAACGGCUGGCCGCUGGAGGUCAAAGUUGGUCUGAUCGGCAGCUGUACCAACUCCAGCUACGAGGACAUGGGCCGCGCUGCAUCUGUGGCCAAGCAGGCUUUGGACAAAGGCCUGAAGUGCAAAGCUCAGUUCACGGUCACUCCCGGCUCAGAGCAGAUCCGUGCCACCAUCGAGAGAGAUGGAUACUCCAAGGUCCUUGGAGACGUUGGAGGUGUGGUCCUGGCAAACGCGUGUGGGCCCUGCAUUGGGCAGUGGGACAGGCGUGAUGUGAAAAAGGGAGAGAAGAACACAAUCGUCACCUCCUUCAACAGAAACUUCACUGCCAGGAAUGAUGCCAACCCUGCAACACAUGCCUUUGUUACCUCCCCUGAGAUCGUCACUGCCCUCGCCAUCGCCGGCACAUUAAACUUCAACCCAGAGACAGACUACCUUACAGCCCCUAAUGGUGAGAAGUUCAAGCUCGAGCCCCCCAACGGAGACGAACUCCCUGCCAGAGACUUUGACCCAGGUCAGGACACCUACCAGCACCCACCAGCUGACGGCAGCAGCCUUAAAGUGGACGUCAGCCCUCAGAGCAACCGCCUGCAGCUGCUGGAGCCCUUUGACAAAUGGAGCGGAAGCGACCUGGAGGACAUGCGGGUCCUCAUUAAGGUGAAGGGCAAAUGCACCACAGACCACAUCAGCGCCGCCGGGCCCUGGCUGAAGUUCCGCGGCCACCUCGACAACAUCUCCAACAACAUGCUGAUCGGCGCCGUCAACAGCGAGAACGAUGCCAUCAACAAGAUCAAAAACCACCUGACGGGAGAGUACGGAGGCGUCCCUGAUGUCGCCCGUCACUACAAGGCCAACGGUGUGUCGUGGGUUGUGGUUGGAGACGACAACUACGGCGAGGGCUCCAGCAGGGAGCACGCAGCGCUGGAGCCCAGGCAUCUGGGAGGAAGAGCCAUCAUUGUCAAGAGCUUUGCCAGAAUUCACGAAACUAACCUGAAGAAGCAGGGUCUGCUCCCUCUGACUUUCAGCAACCCAUCAGACUACGACAAGAUCCGCCCUGAUGACAAGAUCUCCAUCAAGGGACUCAAGACCUUCGCUCCGGGAAAGCCUCUGACCGCAGUCGUGAAGCACAGCGACGGCAGCGUGGACACCUUGGAGCUCAACCACAGCUUCAACGAGACGCAGAUCGAAUGGUUCCAGGCAGGCUCCGCCCUUAACAGGAUGAAGUCACUGCAACACUGAGGAAGAGGAGUUAGGAGGGAAAAUGUGGAGGAGGAGGAUUUUCAGGGGGGAAACAGGGUGGUGAGGAUUGUGGGGAAGAAGGGGGAUGAAGAAUGUUGACGACUGCUCCAUCAUCUGAUCAUAUGGCACAAAACUGCCAUUCAUUUCAAUAAUCAUCCGCUCAAACGCCUCCAGUCUGCCUGUCUGCUCCCUAGUGGCCAGGAAGGAGGCGCUGCAGCUAGCUACCUUCAUCUCAGUGCAGACUUUGAAAGCAGCACCAAAUGAGUCAGUCUGAAAUGUAUUCUGGGAAACGUAGGAAAUCACAUAAAAGUGGAUUCAGCAUAAAUUUAAACAAAGCUAACAGAGCAUAACUUGUAGCAUUGAACACCACAGAUUAUUUACUGUAUGACUGAGACUAUAUUACAGUAUGUUUUCAGACAGUCAGUGUUACAAAAAUAAUACUACUGUGUAAGAAGACAGUAACCUACCCUCUUCUUCCCUGACAUCGUCCUUACCUGCCCUCCUGAUCAAUCCUAACCUCUUUACAAGGUCAAACACAUCCUAAGAUUUUUCCCCAUUGUUAAUUUAUUUAUGCUUUUUUUUCCUGCAGAAGGUUCAGAUCCUGCAUUUUCUUCACGCACAGGGUCGACUUGGACUCAUGUUCCUCUUUCAUCCUAUACUUUCAGUGACCUUCUUUCUGGGGUAACGUCACUUUUUGUGUUACCUUUACCUCAUCUCAUGGGAGAUCAGUACAACACAUCAGAAACAAGAUUUAUUUAUUUUUUUUUUUUUAACCCUCAUGUGUACCUUCACUUCCCUGGUCUCUGCAAACAAAGUAUGCAUCAACAAGUGAAUCAAAUGAAGGUUGAAACCACUUCAUUCUUCUACCCCACUCUGUGUAAAGUGUCUGGUUCCAUGUACAUUUAAGUGUUUGUGUUUUUCUUCUCCCAGAUUAUCUUUUCUGUAUUACAGAAAUGCCAAUGGGUUGUAAAAUAAAAAGCCACAGAUCUUCAUUUAUGUA